AUGGGUGUGCAGUAGCUGUGACUAAUAUUUUUUUGUCCAAGACUAAGGGUAUAACUCACUCAUACGGUGUAACUCGGCACAGCGAUCAUAAUGUCCAGCAGCGGUCGAGUGCGUUGCACGAUAUGGAUAAUAAAAGCAUGAAUCCGGAGGGUAAAAACAUGUGUUGGACUGAUUGAUCGAGCCGGUGCUUUACGGCAACUGGUCUGUGAGAUUGCUAUUCGCAGAGCUGCCGAACAAAUUUGAUCUUCUAUCUGCGAUGUGAUUUUCGGAUACGCUUGAGUUUUCAUCAUGGACUCGAGACACGUUUGGCUCAUCGUCUGGGCUGUACUAAGGGCGUUGGAUCAGCAAUAUUGCCAGGGCGUGGAGACAAAGAGUGUAGUCUGCAAGUUCCAGCGCGACUUCUGCGGCUACCGGCAAGAUGCUACCGACGAUUUCGAUUGGUCCAUGGCCCGCGAGGAAGCUUCUCUAUCUCCGCUAUACAAACCAAAUAAUUACAUUCGCGCUUACCGGAACACAACCCGCCUAAGGCCCGGCAGCCUGGCACGUCUAGUCUCGCCCAUCUAUGAGGUCAUGACCCCGUCCCUGCUUAGUCUCCAAUUCAAGCAUUUUAAAACGGAAGGAGACGGCAGCCGCCUUCGCAUCAGCGUGCAUAGCGCCACCAGGGUGUUUGGGAGUAGACGCGACGACCAGCCGUUCUUUCGACAUGUUGGCGAGCGGCUGAAGGCUGAACUACCUUGGACCACGCUUGAGGGAAAGACUGAUGUUUUCGCGCCAUUUCAGUUGGUGAUAGAGGCUGAGGUUGGGUACUUCGCAAAGAGCAGUGUAGCAGUCGAUGACAUCAUCCUCACGUUAGACUCCUAUCCAGCUCAUCCUCCAACCACAGUGAACGGUUUUCUUCCCGCAGGUUCCGCACUGACGAAUUCGUCCGCAAUCCAACAUGGCGAGGCGAGUGAUGCUCUGACGUCAGGGUCCGGUGUGACGCCGCCAUACGACGCAGGGGGCCAGCAGAAUAGCAAAGAUGGCGUGCACGCUAAGGAGUCGGAAGAUGAGGGCGUCUCACUAUGCUUCAUUCUGGCACUGACGUCAUCCAGCCUGCUUGUCAUUGUUCUCGUCAUCUUCAUGCUUGUCAUCCUGUCGCUUAACAGAAAGAGGAGGCGAUACCGCAGGUUCAAUUUUAGCCACGACUACGAGGAAAUCAAAAACAAAGAGGCCUACAACAAAACCACUUCCGUGUCGGCAAUGGCCAUCAUGAAAGAGCGCCCUCAACCCCGCCUGGCCUACCACAACCGACACACCAGCUUCUCGCGCAUCCAGAGCCUGUCCAGCUGUCUGUCCCGACUGAGCAUGCGCGACAGUAGUCUCCACUCCAGCAUCUACGCCGAGAUCACCGAGGCGGACCUGGACAUGGACGGCGACAUGUCGGACGGGGGUAUCGGCAACUGUACGACACUGACCACGACAUGCACGGGGACAUGGGACAUCUGUGACAGCAGCAGCAGCAGUGGCAGUGACAUCACGCUCGCCGGGGGGUCUUACGUCACAGCGUCCUCCAUUAACAAACUCUACCCAAGUCUGAGCGAUGAGGGCAGCAUAAGCCAGAACGACAGCGGCUGGGUCGAGAACAUCAUCUACGAGCGGACCUCCGAUAUAAGUAGUCUUGGCUCGACCUGCGAACGUUUCGGCACGGGCAGUGCCUUGAAAGAACUCGGCUGCCACAAAACGGCGGCUGGUUUCAAGUCUAGACAGCGAGUGCACACGCUAUAGCCGUCAUGGUUUCCUGUGUUAAUUGUGAACAUAACAAAACUUUGUAAAAAUGAAAAUAUGAGAUUUAUUGUAUAAUACAUAAUGCUCUUUAAAAAGAGCUUGGACUAUUUCCAAGUUUUACUUGAUAAAUUGGAAUUAACGUUGUAAAUGUUUGCAUGUCGCUGAAAAACGUCCUUUGCACACAUGAGACCUUUUAAAAAUUAAAUUGAUUAUAAAGACUACACACCCCUAUGUUAGAGGGCGAUGUCACUCUAAAGUGAUCAGUAUAUAUCAGUGUAUAUGCAAUCCUUAAGACUUGUAUUUCAAAACGAAACAGCAUUGUGAUUCAUUAAUAAAUAAAUGGAAUUUUAAAUAAGGUCAUUUUCAGGGGGUUUUCGGUGACAGAUCUAUCUUUUCAAUUGGAACAAAAACCACAACCAAAUGAAAACAUAAUUGAUGUUAACUUUCGAUGGAGACUAAAAACGUGUAAUGUCUGAAUUCCAAUCCCGUUGGCGACAUAGUUUCCUUUUGGCAAACGGGAAACUCAACAGAUAUUUUUGUCGAAAACCUGUGCGCGGUUCUAAAGCAUCAGGGUUUACCAAAGGCCACGACAUAUUUCUCUUUCUUUGUAAUCCGACAAAAAGCCAUUCCGAAUAACAAAAGGCGCCCGCCACAAAGGA